GGCGUGAUAGCCGCGGGCAGUCCUCGCCAUGAGGCUCGCGUGGCUGCUGGCUGCCGCGCUGCUCCCGGGGCUGCUGGUGGCCGGGGAGAUGCCCCUGUUCUUCGCCGCCUGCAGCGACCAGGGCUGGGCGUGCAGCGAGCUGGAGGGGGGAGCCGUCGACCUGGACUACACCUGCGGCGACGCUGUGGGCUGGAAUGUCAUCUUCCGGAAAGAGUCAUUCGUACUGCCUCCUUCAAUAAACUCCUUGAAGAUAUCAGAAUGUGUGAAAGUCACUGCUGUUACUGAUUUUGUCUCCAUGGACCAAAACUACAGUUUAAAUGGCUUGAUACUGUCGAAUAUUCAGCAUCUUUCCUUCGUGGAAGAUUAUCAUGCAACUUCACCCCCGAGGAGCAUAAUUCUUGAAGACAUUGGCCUCAUCCCUUACUUGCCACCGCACAUCUUCGCACCGUCAAGUUGGCUGUGGGACUCGAUAGUUUUCCAGAACGUCACCAUCGGCCAAGUGGCCUCCGAGGCUUUUGUGAACGUGACGCUUUCCACAGUAUUCAUUUGGAGCUUCGUCCACGUGGAAGUCCUCAACGCUUCUGCCCUGAACGGCAUUAUACUGCCUAAUGGUGAAUUCGUGCUUGAAAGUUGUUAUUUUGGAAAGUUGGACCAAUAUGCGCUUCAAGUUCACGCAGCAAACGUGACCAUAAGGAACAGCUACAUCGGCGAGGUAUGGUCGCACGGGAUCUACGCGGAGGCGGACAGGUUCACGUUCUCGCGCAACUCGGGGCUGGAGCCGGUGAUGUUCCGGGCCCUGGAGGUGCGUGCGAGGGAGACGCUGAUCGCCGGCAACAGGUUCGGGUACCUGCAGGUGAGCGCGCUGGAGGGGAUCGGGCCGCUCCCGGGGCGGGCGGCCUACGAGUUCAGCGGCAACGCGGUGCGGGAGGCAGACCCGGGCUCGCUGCACGUGGACCUGCUGGCCUACGAGGGGGCCGGCGGGACAUUGAGCGUGGAGGGCAACACCUUCGCCUGCUCGUGCGACCGCCUGGGCUGGCUGGGCGUGCUGGCGGCUCCGGGCUCGCACCACCGCCUGCUGCGAGACUUCCACCGCGCCCUGCUGGACGAGCGCUCGCGCAACGCCUGUGCCUCGGGCUGCGGCCUGCCGCUCGGUGUGCUGGCGCGGCUGGUCGCCGAUCCGCGCCUCUGCGCGGCCGACCUGACGGGCGAGCAGCUGUGCGCGCUGCACCGCGACGGCACGGAGCCCCGCGCCGGCGCCGCGGUGCCUCUCCUCGCGGGCUGGGUCGCCCUGCUCGCGAUCCUCCGAGUGUGUGCGCUACCAGUCUGUUAACACUCUUGGAAACACUGUGUGUCACCUAUUUUAGUAUCCAGGAGGAAUGAAUGAAUUCAUCAAGUUUUGUGCAAUUGAUGCACGGAGACAACUCACUAGGCCUUUGUCAGUGUUUAAUUUGAUACACAGAAGAAGGUUGACAUCACCUAAUUUGUCUACAUACUUAGAUUUAUGUGCUAGGCUGCUCUGAAGAUGGUAACUGCAAUGCUGACCGAUACGUAUGAAAUUGUUUCCUUCGAACUUGAAGAGGCCAAAAUCCUAAUUCUGUAGCCAAGAAGUAAAUUUUUAACACACGUUUUUAAUUUGAUUGUAAGCUAUUGAAAUUAGUAGUAGGGCUUGCUGAUUUUUUAUUUUUUUUGCUGAUAUGAGUUUGUACAUAUAAGUUACAAUUUUUAAGAGCAUUUGGACCAGUAAUUUUGCCUAUUAGAACCAUUGAAAACUAAUAUAUCCUGUGGAAUUUUUAAGUAAGUAGGCAAAUCUUAUAAUCGUUCAUUAAAAUGUCUGUGUUUUAUCAUCUUUGUUUCGUUUACCAACUAGAAUGCAGUGUCCAACAUUAAGAGCACAAAAUAGUACAAAUGUAACUGUUCAAUGAAAUUAUGUGAAAAAGUAAAAAUGUAAAUGAAGGGAAACACUAAAUUUAAUGUCCUGUAUUUUAAUAUCAUGUCACAAAACACUAUACUCAGUCAUAUACUUUUUUUUAUACUUUAUGUGUUAGAUAGAAGAGAUAUUAAAUGUAUAACUUAAGAUUAGGAUUUGAAUGUGUUCUGUACUAAAAAUGAAGUACCUAGUGAUGUUAUUUUGCGAUAACUUUGAAUAGAGAGUUUUGUAAUCAGGGGAUUUGGGGAACUUACAAAUAUAAAUAAAAGUACUGAUUGUACUGUAUAUAGACUUUAUUUUAUGUACAUAAAAAAUUAA